GCAGUGCAGUGCAGUGCAGUGUAGUGCAGUCCAGUUCAGUGCAGUACACUACAGUACUGUAGGUUGCUUUGCUGUCUGUCUAUCUGCAUUGCAGCCCAGCGCUGGCUGCUGGAAGUCAAACUCAAAUGGCGACGUCCAGCCCCAGCAGUACCCCAUCUGCAUCAGCCUCCAGCGCACAGCACCACCAGACCCAGGGCCAGCACAUCAGCACCAUGAGCAGCAUGCAAGACAUCAGCUCAUGCUGGAGGUUUCAGAGUGAUUCAGGGUUUCAGAUAAACCUGUCUGGACUUCAUCAAAGUUGUGUCUGUGAUGAAGGUAAACGUAAAGCCCUCAAGUUAAAUUUUGCCAAUCCUCCGAUCAAACCUACUUCCAGAAUCACUCUGAACACCGCCGGACUUCCUUUCCAGAACCCACACAUAGAGCGGCUGAGGACACACAGUAUCGAGUCGUCUGGGAAGCUGAAGAUCUCUCCCGAGCAGCACUGGGACUUCACAGCCGAAGACCUGAAGGAUCUCGGCGAGAUCGGCCGAGGAGCGUACGGCUCCGUCAACAAGAUGGCGCACAAACCCAGCGGACAGAUCAUGGCCGUCAAAAGGAUCCGGUCGACGGUGGACGAGCGCGAACAGAAGCAGCUGCUGAUGGAUCUGGAUGUGGUCAUGAGGAGCAGCGACUGUCCCUACAUCGUCCAGUUUUACGGGGCUCUUUUCAGAGAGGGGGAUUGCUGGAUAUGCAUGGAGCUCAUGUCUACCUCCUUCGACAAAUUCUACAAAUACGUUUAUUCCUCUUUAGACGAAGUGAUUCCAGAGGAGAUUUUAGGGAAAAUAACAUUAGUUACUGUGAAAGCACUUAACCACUUAAAAGAAAACUUGAAAAUUAUCCACAGAGACAUAAAGCCAUCGAAUAUCCUCCUGGACAGGAAAGGCAACAUUAAGCUGUGUGAUUUUGGCAUCAGUGGACAGCUGGUGGACUCCAUCGCCAAAACCAGAGACGCAGGCUGCAGACCGUACAUGGCUCCGGAGAGGAUAGACCCCAGCGCUUCCAGACAGGGUUACGAUGUGCGCUCAGACGUCUGGAGUUUGGGGAUCACCCUGUAUGAACUGGCCACGGGACGCUUCCCCUACCCCAAGUGGAACAGCGUGUUCGAUCAGCUGACGCAGGUGGUGAAGGGCGACCCGCCGCAGCUCAGCAGCUCAGAGGAGAGACAGUUCUCCCCCAAAUUCAUCAACUUUGUCAACCUGUGCCUUACAAAGGACGAGUCAAAAAGGCCAAAGUACAAAGAGCUUCUGAAACAUCCCUUCAUUCAGAUAUACGAGGAGCGUUCGGUGGACGUGGCCAGCUAUGUCUGCAAGAUCCUGGACGAGAUGCCCGCGUCUCCCAGCUCCCCCAUGUACGUGGACUGACACGAGGCGCAAGCGUUGGUGUAAACACAGAACGGCAGUAUUAAACAGGAAACCGUACACGAGAGCACCGCGGCGUUCAGUUUGAGCUCGACUGUAAAAUACCUCCUAGCCCACGUCCCUCCCUCUCUCCCUCUUACUGUCUCUCACACACACACACACACACACACACCUGUAAAGCGCAAACACACACGUAUGACGGCGGUCUGAUAUCUCGCGGAUGCGGAAUAGUGAUUUUAAACUGAUAUUAAAUAAUGAAAUAAUAAAUAAGCCUGGAAUUGUAUUUAUACUUCUGAAAUCAGUUGUGGAAUAUUUGAUUCGGAAAGCCUUCGACGUACUGGAAAUCUGCUCGUGUCUCGUCCCUCCUCUUCGUGUAUGUGAUAUUAAACGUGUUUUGUAUGUAAAGGUGAAUGAUGAUGCAGAGGUGGCCGGGGUUUCUGUAAUCCUCACUGUACAACGACUAUGUGCUGAUAAUAUAAAUAAAACUGAGGAAUAUGGAAACGA